AUGAUGGAGUUUUAUAAGGUUCUUGUCAUGGUUCUUAAGCUUCAAAACACCAACAUCACUUCACAACUCAUAUCCACAAACUAUGGUACGCACCCUGCAUAUGAUGUUCGUAUCAUUCAACCAUCCAGGGUUAAGUUCGCCAGCGUGCUUCUGCAUACAACCGAAACUGGUCACAUAUCCCCCCCUUGUUGGUAA